AUAUGACAGAUGGAAUAGGAGAAGGAGAAGACUGGGAAACUCUGCUGGAUUCAGGAAAAUUAGACGAAUCUCUCUCUAAGCUGAAGAUUCUGGAAAGGAAGGAUAAUAUGAAACCUAGGAUUCCUUCCUCUCAGCUCAAUAACUCAGGAACCAUCACAGAUCCAACCUAUUCCGGUCCUGUCAGGAUCUUGACUAACGGUUACAGACCGGAGUAUAGAAGUUCAGAACCUAAACUUAAAAUACUGAAACGUCCUGAGCCAGAAUCUAGCAAACCAGUAGAAACACCGACUCAAAAGAACGUACAGAAGAGUUUGGAGCAGAGAGAAGCAGAGUAUGCAGAGGCCCGUCUUAGAAUCCUUGGCAACCCGCCGCCCCCGCCGACUAAUAAUAAUAAAGUUAAACAAAACAACAAAAAGGCGGGGGAGGGUAAAAAGAACCCCAACGGCAAUGCUGCUGUGCCCAAGGGACCUGAUGGAUCAAAAGGAUUUCAAAAUCGGCGAUAACGGGGUGACACCGGCCCCGUUUACUCCAGGAGAGGCCGAUGAUAGACAAUAAAGUGCUGAAUAUAUAUUUAUGGUUUCAAAUAAUACGAAGGUCUUCUAAAGCAGUGGAAUAGAUCAUCUUGCAAGACUUUUUAAACAUUUAAUAUCAGUCAUUCACUCAUUCAUUCAUUCAUUCAUUCAUUCAUCAUUUGUUCAUGAUAGAAUAAUAUUGUAAAUAUCAGCUGUGCUAAGAAACCUAGACAAUAAUUCUACAAGAAAUAUCUAUUAUAAACCUUCUUCUCCAUUCCUGUUAGAUAUUCAGUCCUGCCAGUGCUUCUUAGAGCCUACUGUUAAUAAUUUAAACCCAUCGCCCCUUCAACUUACUCUUUAACUCGUCCCUUUCGUCUUCCAGCUGUUCUAAGGGGAUACUAUACACACCUCUCCUGUAAAACAAUUCUCUUAAAAAUUCAUGAAAACAAAAAUUUAUCUCCAUAAGAAUUUUGCCUUUCACCUGAAAACGCUGAAGUAUUACGUAUUAAAUUUACGAGGAUAGUCAGGACGUUCCUUUCAGA